CAUGUAACGUCAGAUAGUCACAUAGCUUUUACUUUGACACCGAUAGAACACGUAACCUGUUGCAGCUGCUCCUCUACACGCCCAAACUGUCUCUGCUCAUUAAUUCAAUCUUUUGGGCGACAGAAAAAGGAAUUCAUGCAGUCGAAAUUAUUAUCCGUCUUCGUUGUUUAAGGACGGAUAUUGAUUAAAGAAAGAACCGUGCACGGAUCAAUCCAAUCGGAUUACUGUUUUUACACCGGUUACCGGUUGGAAUAAAAAAUGAUGAGAAUGGAAAGGAAAAUGUUUUUUUUAACGAAAUUGUGUACUGUACUCAUCUUUACAAACUGUGUUUCAGGGGACUAUCCCAAGGCACAGAACGUUUCUUGGUUGUCUAUCAACUUCAAAACACUGCUUUUGUGGGAUCCUAAACCCACCAACUAUUCAUACACCGUUGAAUAUUCUGUAAUCGGUCAGAACAGAAAGAAGAACCAACACUGUAUCAGGACUAUGGAGACAGAGUGUGACCUGUCCAACUCUCUGGUGGACCUGAAGGCCAUAUACUCCGCUGAUGUCCUCUCAAAACCCCUACUUGGUGUGAACUCUGACCUCAUAGAGUUCCCCCACACAACCUCGGAGAGGUUCAGCCCUUACCAUGACACGCUUAUAGGUAGACCUGAGUUCAAGAUCGAGGUGAGCAAAGACAAGAGGAAGAUCACCCUGCAUGUAGAAGACCCUCCCACAGCCCUGUUCAAUGAGCAGAACCAACAGAGAACCAUCCGGGACGUCUUCGCUGAUGAACUGCAGUACAAAGUCACCUUUGGAAAAGCAAAAAAAACGAAGAUCUCUGCAAGCAGUGAGAUAGAGCUAGAAGAGGGGGAUAUAGAUCCUGGGGUGAGUUACUGCUUCAACGUCCAGGCCUACAUCCCCUCCCGCAGCACAGACAAUCAGCUGGGAGAGCUCAGUCAAAGACAGUGCUCACCGGGCGACGAUAAGUCUGUCUUUGAAGAGUAUGGGAUCGGAGUGAUCGUUGGGUUCAUCCCAGCCGCUUUCGGGGCCCUAAGCGAGAUUCGGUUGUGGGGGGGCUCCAACCUCGCAGCAAAACAUUUUAGUGGAGACGAUGGAGAGAAGCCUUAGGUUAAUUGUCUACAAUUCUACACAUUUUGCCAUGGGCCAUAUAGAAAAUAUAUUGAUGCUUUAAAGGUUUGAGGGCUCCGUAGAUAGGUUAUAUGUUUAAACUAAAUUGUUUUGCGUGAGUAUUGUCUGGACAUCUUUAAUAUAUGAAUAACAAACAGUUAGAUGACAGAACAUGAUGUAAAAUAAUCAGAGCAAAAUGAAACACAACUGUGGAAUGUGGUACUAAUAUGGUACACUGUUUGAUUGUGAUGGCAUGUUCAUAAUAAAGUCUUGUCAUUCAUUUGUG